AUGUUGGCACUCUCUUCUUCUUUGUAUUCUAACUAUGGCUCCUCCUGGCCUUUGGAAGAAAAAGAUAUGAGCCAAGUCCAGAAUACAACAACAUUGACACCCAAAGUCCCUUUCUUGAAUAAAAAUUCUGGAGAAACAGAAGAAGCUUUGGAUUCAUCAGCUCUACAAUUCCCUUCAUUGCAAACCCAACAUUUGGAGUAUUUUCCUUCCAGUGCCAAUACCAAUGAUCCAUCCUUAAUCAAGAAACUCAACCAUAAUGCCAGUGAACGUGACCGCCGCAAGAAAUUAAACACUCUCUAUGCUUCUCUUAGAUCAAUACUUCCAGGGGCUGAUCAAAUGAGGAAAUUAAGCAUUCCGACCACAAUUUCUCCUGUUCUAAAAUACAUACCUGAGCUGCAAAACCAAGUCGAGAAGCUGAAACAGAGGAAGCAGGAAAUUCUAUCAAGUAUUCACAAGAAAGGAUAUCGAACCCGCAUGGAUAAUCUAAGUAAUGGGAUUGUUGGAAGAUCAUUACCAAUUGUUUCAGUGAGUCAAAUCGGAGAAAGAGAAGUAAUGAUUCAGAUAUGUUCCUGUAAGAACAUGAGAAGUUCAGUAUCAGAGAUUUUGGCUAAUUUGGAGGAAGAGGGCCUUGAAGUGUUUAAUGUUUCAGCCUCUGCUUCAUCAGGGGAGGUGGUGUUUUACAAUCUACAUCUUCAGAUUAGAGAAAAAGAAGGGUUGAAUUGGGAGUUGUUGAGUCAGAAGCUGCUGUCAAAGUGCGAGAACAGAGAAGAUCAGUUGUUGUUCUGA